AGAGAGAGAGAGAGAGAGAGAGAGAGAGAGAGAGAGAGAGAGAGAGAUCCUGGUUGAUGCAAUCUAGUAGAGGUCAAUAGAGAGUCAGCUGAUUGAUUACCCGCUGAAUCCUCUCCUUCUCCCGUUGAAUCAACUAAAAAAGCGAAAACCCUAGAGUAGCUCGAGAUACGAGGGGGGGGGGCGUGAACGAUGAACAGGUUGAGGAAUCUGGACGCUUACCCUAAAAUCAAUGAAGAUUUUUACAAGCGUACACUUUCCGGUGGUGUCAUCACCCUCGCUUCUUCCAUCGUCAUGUUCAUUCUCUUCUUCUCCGAGCUUCGGCUUUAUAUGCACCCGGUGACGGAGACUCAGCUCCGUGUGGAUACAACAAGAGGAGAGAAGCUACGCAUCAAUUUUGAUGUAACAUUCCCAGCGCUUCAGUGCUCCAUUAUUAGUAUUGAUACUAUGGAUAUCAGCGGAGAGAGGCACCUCGAUGUGCGGCAUGAUAUCUUUAAAAGAAGAUUAGACUCUCACGGCAACGUCAUCGAGGCAAAACAAGGUGGAAUUGGUCAUACUAAGAUUGAAAAGCCUUUACAGAAACAUGGUGGAAGGUUGGAGGACAAUGAAAAGUAUUGCGGUUCCUGUUUUGGAGCUGAAGAGACGGAUGAUGCUUGCUGUAACUCAUGCGAGGAAGUUCGUGAAGCUUACCGAAAGAAAGGUUGGGGUCUCUCUGACCCUGAAUCAAUCGACCAGUGUAAAAGAGAAGGCUAUGUGCAAAAGGUGAAAGACGAAGAAGGUGAAGGUUGUAAUGUUCACGGUUUCGUUGAAGUCAACAAAGUCGCUGGGAAUUUUCAUUUCGUUCCAGGACAAAGCUUUCAUCAAUCAGGUUUUCAGUUUCAUGAUAUGAUAAUGUUCCAGCAAGGCAACUACAACAUUAGCCACAAGGUCAACCGGUUAGCGUUUGGGGAUUUUUUCCCCGGUGUAGUCAACCCUCUAGAUGGUGUGCAGUGGAAUCAGGAUAAACAGAAUGGCGUGUACCAAUAUUUCAUCAAGGUGGUACCAACCGUAUACACUGAUAUUCACGAGAAAACUAUUCAGUCAAACCAAUUCUCUGUGACAGAACAUUUCCAGAAUGCGGAAGCAGGUCGUAUGCAAUCCCCACCUGGUGUUUUCUUCUACUAUGAUCUGUCUCCAAUUAAGGUGAUAUUUGAGGAGCAGCAUGUGGAGUUCUUGCACUUCCUAACAAAUGUUUGUGCUAUAGUUGGAGGUAUCUUCACGGUAUCAGGGAUCGUGGAUUCCUUCAUAUACCAUGGACAACGAGCAAUUAAGAAGAAAAUGGAGAUUGGUAAAUUCAACUGAGUUUUGUUUUAUGUUAUACUAUAUUAUUCUCCUUUACACCUUGUUGGUCAAAAGACUGGAGAAUCUCAGAAUGGGUUUUUACAGUUAGACAUUAGGUUUGAGAAUGUUGCCACAACUUUGUACUCUUUUGACUUUCGAUUAUGUAAUCUCUCUUCCUCUGGCACAAGGUAAAAUGAUGUUGUGUUCUUCUA